AGCGGCUAGAGCCGUCAGUCUCAGCCCAGCGGAGUAGCGGCAGGAGGUUUUCAGGCGGCUCCGGACGAUGCGGCGCGCCCAGAAUGCUGUCGCGCCUGGUAGUGCCUCUGGCAGCGCUCCUCAGCCUGUGCCUUGGCUCCAGUGCGCACGGAACGGAACUGCCUAGCCCUCCAUCUGUGUGGUUUGAAGCAGAAUUUUUCCAGCACAUCCUCCACUGGACACCCAUCCCUAAUCAGUCUGAAAGCACCUACUAUGAAGUGGCACUCCUGAAGUACGGAAGACAGCUCUGGGAAAACGUCACCAGCUGUAGGGGUGCCCUGGAGUUCUGUGAUCUCACCGCAGCCACCCUGGACCUGUACCACAACAACGGUUACCGGGCCCAGGUCCGGGCCGUGGAUGGCAGGCGGCACUCCAAUUGGACUAUCACCCAAACCCGCUUUUCUGUGGAUGAAGUGACACUGACGGUUGGAAGCGUGAAGCUAGAGGUGCACGAGGACUCCAUUCUUGGGACAAUCCAGCCCCCCAGGCCCCAGAUAGCCCCUGAAGGUGAUACGUAUGAAAACAUCUUCAGUCACUUCCGCCAGUAUGAGAUUGCCAUCCGCAAGGUGCCAGGAAGCUUUCCGUUGAGAAUAAAGAAGGUCAAUCAUGAAAACUUCAACCUCACAGCCUCAGGAGAGGUGGGAAAGUUCUGUGUCAUAGUGAAGCCAUCUGUAGCCUCCCGGACGAACAAGGGGGUCUGGUCGGAGGAGCAGUGCAUCGUCCUCACCAAGCAGUAUUUCACUGCGACCAACCUCAGCAUCUUCUUCUCCUGUGUCCUGCUGCUCUGUGGAGCCCUGGUCUACUGUCUGACCCUCCAGCUGUAUGUGCGGCGCCGGAGGAAGCUGCCUUCGGUCCUGGUCUUCGAGAAGCCCAGCCCCAUUGGCCCUGUCAACCAGCCUCCCUGCCCAGACAUCAUCUACCUGCUUGAUGAGGAGGCCUUCCGGAAGGUGUCCCCAGAGCUCAGGAACUCAGACCUGCAUGGCAGCACAGACAGUGGCUUUGGCAGUGCCAAGCCAUCCCUGCAGACCGAAGAGCCCCAGUUUCUCCUCCCUACUCCCCACCCCCAGGCCUGUGGGGCUCUGGGAACGGAGGUCCCCACAGAGCUACAGGACAGCUGCAGUAGUGGCAGCAGCAGUAGCACAGACAGUGGGAUCUGCUUGCAGGAGCCCUGCCUGUGCCCCGGCAGGGGACCCACCUGGGAGCAGCAGGUGGAGAAAGCCAGCCAGGGCCAGGAUGACAGUGGCAUUGGCCUAGUCCACAGCUCUGAGGGGCAGCCAGGGGAUGCACAGGACGUCUCUGCCUUGGGCCCUGUCAGUCUCCUGAGGCCUGAGGUGCCUGAGGAGGAAGACCCAGCCGUGGUGGCAUUCCAGGGCUACCUGAAACAAGCUAAAUGCACAGAAGAGAACGCAGCCACAGCAGGUGGCCUGGAGGAAGAGGCACCCUUGACAGACAGCCUUGGCCCCCAGUUCAGGACGUGCCUGGAUGCCGAGGCAGACUGGCCUCCGCCAGCCUUGGCCAAGGGCUAUGUGAAACAGGAUCCUCCAGGAAUGACUGUGGCUCCCUCAGAUGGCCCCGCCGGACAGUGGAACCAACUGCCUAAGGAAUGGCCACUCCUGGGCUUGACCAGCUGUGGUGACCUGGGAACAGCUGACUGGAGUUUUAUCCAUGACCUUGCCCCUCUGGAUUGUGUGGCAGCCUCAGGGGGUCCCCUGAGCUGCUUUGACUCAGACAUGGUCACCUUGCCGCUGAUCUCCAGCCUGCACUCGAAUGAGUGACCUGGGCUUAGGGCUGCUUUUGGUUUCAGUCAUGCCUGUGCCUCUGCCUGGAUCAGGCAGGCCAUGCUGGGCAUUUUUCUGCAAGCCUAUCGGGGCCAGCCCUGGACAGGCCGUACAGGACAGGAGGAGACUGUCUCGCUGGAGUAGUGCAGGGCAUGAGGAUGGCAUUGGCCUGUGCUGCUCAAUGGGGCCCUGCAGACUCUAGCAGCACUAAGGGCGGGGCAAAGACCUCCCCUCCUUGGGACUCCUUCCUGUGCUGUAAAGGGUUCUGUGCUCAGGGGAACCUCCGGGGUUCUGGAGUCGUAGUGAGGCUGCCAGGUUGCAGUCCACUCGGACCCUGAUGCCUCCUUCAGGCUAGUGAGGCAUCAGAGCCUCCUGCAGGUUGGAGUGCUAAGAAAAUGGAGUUUCAAGGCCUCCCUGGAGGGGUCAUUUCUGGGGAGAGAAGGCAGGAGCAGAGGCUGAGUUUGAUCUCUAGUGUGGUGGCAGGGAGAAGCUCCCCCACAGGGAGGUGUCUGGACUGGUCAGAGCACCAGCCUUCAGGUGACCUCUGGGCUUGGGCACCAACUCAGGAGAUCACCAGAGAGACAGGGCUGGGACUGGCACCUGUGCUUGCUGCUCAUGUCUAGCCACAGACCCAGAGGUCAGGGCCCUGGGCUGGGAUCCUGCAUGCUUGGUGUUCAGUCAUGUGAUCCUGGGCCAGUCACCUCUCAGAGGGCUUCAGUUUCCCCAUCUGUAAAAUAAGGACUCAAUCUUUAGAGGGUCUCUGUGAUGGAUGUUAGCCAAGCUGGCCCUGGGGUGACAUUUCAGACCCUGUCCAACUCAGUGCUGGGAGGAAAUCGACUCUGGAACAAAUCUUCCCAGUGAGCUUCCUGCUCACUGCAAGGGCUAAUAGUUUUAGCAUCGGUCUAUGGGAGCAUCCUUGGAGAACUGCCCAUCUCUGAGGUCCAGAGGGAUAGGUGUGGGCCCUGCGUCCCCACUAUCCAUUUGAAAUCUGUCUUCAAAUAAAGGCCGUUGAGAGUCCCCAGACAGGAUGCUGGGAAGAAGGGCAGGCCUUCCCAAGCUACCUCUUGGCCCUGAAUUUCUCUGAGGAAUUUUGAAAACAGGCCUUCUGGCCCAGGGAACCCACCCAUGGCCCCUGCCACUCUGCCAAGAAGCUCCUGGGUACCAGCCUGAUAAGUGAAGCCCCUCUGGCAACAUGCUCAGGAGAGGAUUCCUCAGGGUUUCCUUGACAGCUUACUUAUUUAUUUUGCUCCUUUAUUUAUUGAAGAGGCAGCAUAAGACAGGAAAGAAUUCUGUUUCUAGCCGUGUGACCAUGGCCAAGUCACCUUUCCUCUUUGAGCCUCGGUUUUCUUGUCUGUAAAACUGUAGAAGAAUGUCUGGCUUGUCUAAUUCCCAGGGACACGAAGUUCCCCUGAGAAAAUGGAAACACGCCUUGAACAUGGAGCGCUAUGAAUGACGGAUGUAUUGUUAUUCCAAUAAAUGUCUAGACCACGGAAA